AUGAUCUCCACCAUCAGUGGUGGUUCUACCAUGGCUGGAACCUCCAACAACUCCAUAAAAGACUAUGUCCGUUCUUUCUAUGCGCACAAGGUCUUCAGCAUUGAUCACGGACGCGUGCCUAAGACGCAAAAAUCAGGUUGGACCUCUAUUACCUUCUGCGAGGAGGAAGAACGUGGUGUCAUUCUCCCACAUGAAGACCUACUCAUUAUCCGCGCAGACAUUUCUAACUUUGAUGUUGGACGUAUUUUGGUGGACACUGGCAGCUCGGUCAGUGUGAUGUUUGCUGAGGCUUUCAACAAGCUCCAGGUCCCUACUCACUUGCUAGAUCGAAGCAUCACACCCCUUGUGAGCUUCUCUGGUGAUGUUGUCCAGCCCAUUGGCAGCAUCCAUCUCCCUAUCUUUAUUGGUUCAACACCUCAGCGAGCGACAAUCACUACUCCAUUCCUUAUCAUCGACUGCCCCACAGCUUACAAUGUCAUCUUUGGGCGCCUUGCCUUGGUCCAAAUGAAGGUUUUCAUCUCUACACAUAUGCUGCUGCUGAAGUUCCCUAUGCCCCAUGACGCAGGCACGGUGCGCGGCGACCAACUUGGUGCCAGAAGCUGCUAUGCUUUAGCAGUAAAAUCCACUAAUCACCAACAUAAGGGUGAGGCCCUAGCAGUAACCAAGGUUGCAGCCCCUCAUCGAGCUGGCUUUGAACAACCUAAAGACCCCAGGGAGGAAUUUGUCACCCAGUAG